UCUGGUGAAAUUUUUGAUAAGGGCAACAAAACCUAGCUGCUUGUGGUGCUGAGAAAUGAGCGCUUUAGUGUUUGGAGUCGGGGUCGGGCUUUUUGUGCUGAUUGCGCUGUGGGUAUCCGCUUUUCUGCUUUGCAUCGUCUCACUACGGGCCCAGAGAAACGCUGGCUUUGUAGCCAUUCUUGCUGCGGUCUUGUUAACCACUGUCCUGCUCGUUUUGCCCAUUGAUUCGCCCGAAGACACCGAGACCAAACCUUCGUGGACACCAAAGGUUUACGACCAUUUCUUCAUUUGGCGCAUCCUCUUGUUGGUUUUCCUCCUGCUCUCUGUAGCUGGAGGCUGCGUUAACUUUGUGUAUUCACACCUGAUGGAGCCUCAGUUUGCUAAACCUCUCGAACGACAAGCGGUCAAGACUGACUAAAGCACUUUAAAAACAGAAAAUGGCCAAAUUCCUACAGUUAGCCGCCUCAAGGGCGUUUACGACAUCAUUGCAGAGGCUUCGAAAUGUGUUCACUGUAAGUGACAGUGAAACCUUCAUGGAAAAGGUGCUGAAUAAUGACGUGCCUGUGAUUGUCAACUUCCAUGCUGAGUGGUGCGAUCCUUGCAAGCUGCUCACCCCGAAGCUGGAGGAGCUGGUUGUGCCUUUGCCUGGCAUCGACCUGGCUAUAAUUGAUGUCGAGAGUUGUCCUGAACUCGUUCAAGCAUUCGAAGUGAAAGCAGUGCCUGCUGUGAUUGCGGUCCGCUCUGGACUUGUCGUCGAUAAGUUUAUCGGGCUUGUUGAUGCACAGAACAUUGAGGAUUUCAUCAAAAAGCUGUCUAAGCAAAUGCAGACAAACGCGACUUGAGAAUUAUUGUUUGAUUUGUUGCUUCAUUUUAUUUAUCUGUGAGAACGUGUUCACGGCACAAGUGUUUUAUUUAUUGUCACAAAUGCUGCAAGCUAAAAUGUCUAGUUAACGCACACAAGAGCAAUAAUUUACCUGAUACUUGUCUUGUUGCGCAUCGCGCAUCACACCUGAAAGUGCUAUUUAAAAGUGAAAAAUGGAAGCAGUUCCACUAAUACUCAAAAUGUGUUAAAAAUUUUUUGAGCUAGUAAUUUCUCUCUAGCCUAUUGUAGACUAACUUAUAAUUAUUGGCUAAAAUUUGUAUUUUUUACAAAAUAUGGACUCUUAAAACAUUCAAUAAAUAUAUUGGUCUUCAAUCUGAAAUAUGUAUUUCAGAUUAAAAUGGAUUAA